AUAACUCUUACUUAGAGUUGGAAAAAUAAAGAAAAAGUCCUCCCUCUUCUUCCUCGUUUCAUUUUUUUCUCUCCGAUUCGCAUUAUAAACCGCUCGAUCGAAUACGUUGAUGGGAAUCGGGUUAUAUUAAUAUUAAAUAUAAAUCAUAAAUUUUCAAAAAAAGAAAAAAAAAUAAAGAAAAAAUGGUAGGGAAAGUUGUUGUAUCAGUUUUUUCAUUGAUUCUUGUAGUUGGGGUGGUGAUCGGGAUCGUAGCGGUGGUUCAACGGAAUAAUAACAGCGCCGGAGAGAGCGAAGCGGCCCAACAGGUUUCCACCUCAUCAAAAUCUGUAGCUCAAAUAUGUCAGCCAACAGAUUACAAAGAUAUCUGUGAGAAAAGUCUGAGCGCUGUAAACAAUACUAAAGAUCCUAAAGAAUAUGUAAAAGCAGCCAUUUUAGCUACGGCAGAAGCUGUAAGCAAAUCGUUGAAUUUAUCCGACAAUUUAAUAGUUAACGCUAAGGGAAGUGAAGAUGAUGAUACUAAAAUGUCGUUAGAAGAUUGUAAAGAUUUAUUACAAGACGCGGUUCAAGAGCUUCAAGCUUCGUUUUCGACCGUGGGACAAAGCACAAUGAACACGAUGGAUAAAAAAAUAGCUGAGCUUCAAAACUGGCUAAGCGCUGUUGUUUCAUACCAAUCAACUUGUUUAGAUGAAUUCGGUGAUCCGAACAGCAAAUAUAAAUCCCAAAUGCAAGACGGUAUGGUCGAUUCUACGCAGCUUACGAGCAAUGCGUUAGCCAUUGUUAACGCGUUGGCGAAAAUGCUGUCGACUUUCGAUCUCAAAUUUGAUCUUACCGACAUCAGCGAGAAUUCCCGGAGGCUUCUUUCGAUCGACGAAGAGGGUUAUCCAACGUGGUUUAACGCCGCCAAGCGUAGGCUUAUGGCGGUGGGUGAUGCGGGCGUGGGCGGUGUUAAGCCUAAUUUGACCGUUGCUCAGGAUGGUACGGGUGAUUUUAAGACUAUUACUGAAGCUCUUGCUACUUACCCUAAGAAGAAUGUGGAUCCGUUCGUGAUUUAUGUUAAGGCCGGUGUUUAUAAGGAGUAUGUGAUUGUUGAUAAGAAGAUGAUUAAUGUGUUCAUGUAUGGUGAUGGACCUUUGAAGACUAUUAUCACUGGUGACCAUAGCAAUAAAACUGGAUGGAAAACCAUGAGAUCUGCAACAUUUGCUGCUCUCGGAGCUGGAUUCAUGGCCAAAUCCAUGGCAUUCGAAAACACAGCAGGUCCCGAAGGUCACCAAGCCGUAGCACUACGUGUACAAGCAGAUAGGGCAUCAUUUUUCGACUGCAAUAUCGACGGUUAUCAAGACACCUUAUACACUCAAGCUCACAGGCAAUUCUACUACAACUGUUCCAUUUCCGGCACCGUCGAUUUCAUCUUCGGAGACGCCUCCGUCGUCAUUCAAAAUUCAAAGAUCAUCGCCCGGUUACCAUUGAAAGGCCAGUUAAACACAGUCACCGCACACGGCAGAUCAAUGGUACACGAAACAACCGGACUAGUAAUCCAAAACUGCAAGAUCGUUGCUGAAGACAAGUUAUUCCCCGAACGAAAUACCACUAAAUCGUACCUCGGACGGCCUUGGAAGGCGUUUUCGAGGACGAUCGUGAUGGAAUCGGAGAUUACAGACGUGAUUCAGCCCGACGGAUGGGCUCCAUGGAACGGAGAUUUGUUCCUGGACACACUAGAUUACGCUGAGUAUGCAAAUACUGGUUUAGCUUCUGCAACUGAUAAGAGAGUUGCAUGGAAGGGCUUUCAUGUCAUUACUGAUAAAAAGGAGGCUGAACAAUGGACUACUGGACCUUUUAUUCAAGGUGCUGAAUGGCUUAAUGGGACAGGAAUACCCUUCAGCAUGGGCUUUACUAGCACUAAGGCAUGAAAUUAAAUGAUAUGAUUUAGUAAUAUAUGAUGAUGAUGAUGAUGAUUUUGUAUCAAAAUGUGGUGUAUGGGGAUAUAAUUAGCUAUAGUGUUUGGUGAAACUUAGGCAAAAAUGGAAAUUUAUUAUAUGCCUAAAAUUAAUCUUACUAGUUUGUUUGUAUUAUUUUAUGUACUUUUAAUGUAUUGUUUCUUUUUGAUCCA